GCAGUCGCCAGAGGUUCAAGACUGCCGCGCAUCGCACCUCUCGACCAGAUUGCCCGCGCGCAAGCGAUACUCGGAUUCGCUGACUUACUCAUCUGGUCUUUGCGCGCUCAUUCCUUUUCCGUCGCGCAUCGGACGCAACAGAGAUCCUCAACCAUUACGGUCAACCGACACCCCACCGCACGUUAAUGCGCACCUUCCUUGGGCAGUGCAUGGAAUCGAAAACGCGCAUCGCCGCUCCCUCCUAGACAACUCCCUGUAGCUACACGCUUCCACUCAGGAGCGCACGCCUUCAAGUCUCAAGUGCAAGUACUGCGCAGUACAGCUCCAGGCCAGGCAGACCGCUGCGAACAUCGCGUUUCGCCCGUUGUGCCCCAAGCGCCGUCACCCGAUGCCCCCUCUAUCCAGUCCAACGUUGCAUAGUUCGUCCACGGUAAAACCGAAGAGAGGAUCAUGGAUGCCAGCUCCGACUACAGCUCGGCGCGGAAGAGGACGGUGACGACGUAUGGAAAAUUUGCAAAGCGUCGGGCUGUGCCCUCGUCCAAUGUCUCGGCCUCCGCGUACGACUUUCCCGCAGACGACGAUGAACUCUCAACUGCGCCACGCAAUACAACUUCCAGCAGCAGCGACCCAUCUCGGCGACCUUCCCCAUCGAUACCAGCAUCUACAGUACCGGGCCAAGCGCGUGUUCAAGCACACCCGAAAGCUCUUGGAACGUCUCUAGUUCGAAAGCGCAAGCUGCAACAAGUAUCGCCGGCGAAACCAUCAACUCAGAUUGCGCCCGCGAAACCUGCCCGUACUUUACCACAGACUAGUGCCAGCAAUGGCGCAAAUUUCAGGGCGCGACGAGUGCUCUCUGCUCAAUCGUCAGACUCGUCAGAACUGGAUCAGCAGCAGUCAAAACAUUUCACUGCCAGCCCGCCCCGGACACCAACACCGCCAAGAGCUUCACAGGCGAACAAGCGCCGCACGAUUGCCCACGAGGUUCCAUUUUCGCCAAACACAAUGCAAGCAUGGGAUAAAUUGGGGCGAGAUGCCUCCCCAGACCAGGAGGUACAGACAUUACGGCACCAGAUUCCCGUCCGGCUAGCGGACGACGCCCUAAACGUUCCGCCAGCACAACCAUCUGCUGCCUCCGGCACAAAGCUGCCAACCAGCCUUCCGGCUUCGACUGCUGCAGCUAUGAGCAAGACAGCACCUGUUAAGAGACAAAGGAAGCGCCUAAUAGAUACUCUGGCAGAGCAGAGCACUGGCGCUGAGGACGAGGAGCACAACAGCGACGACACCGACGAGAAGGAUGUAAUGCCAGGCAUGCGGCCACAACUAAGCUCCAACUCUUCAUUCAGCUCAAGCUCUCAGAACACUGGCGCUCCACCAGCGACGCCACUGGCAAAGCCAAAAGCAACGCCAGCCUCGCAAGUGAGGACUUUUGCCCGUUCCACGAGCGCGCUCAAGUUCCAAUAUGGCCAACAGAACAAGAUCCUGGAGGAGGAAGUAGACCUGUUUGAUUCGCUAGCCAUGCCGAGCGAGAGCUCAGCACCCCUCAAGGGACGACGGCUCGAAUUGGGCAAUCACAAGAAGAAGGCUAGCGCAUCUCUGGGCCUGGACGACGACGACUUGGAUACGGACUCACCAAAACGAAUGAUUCGGAACAUUCACGAAUUGCGACAAGCGGGUGCCGACUCGCGCGAUGCUGAUGAAAUGGCUGACCUCAGCUAUCAGAUCGGUACUGCUGGGCCAGCUGUCUCCUCGCGACGGACAGCCCUGAUUCAAGUAGCCGAAAAGCUCCAUGACAAGUCUUUUGUGCGCAAAUAUCGUGCACACGGCCUAGAGCAAACCAUCUUCCGAGGAGUUGAGCACGAAGAGGACACUAUUGCUGCGUGUCUACUCGCCAGUAUUCUCAUCAUCGUGCUUGCAAAGGAGCGAAGUGCGCAUACUAUGCAGGUUCUCCACGAUGAGAAGCCAGUUGCAAUGCUGGUACGUCUGUUUGCCACCAGACAAACUCUCAAGGACGUCGUGCGUGACCGGAAGAGCAACUUGUCCAAGCGGAACCAGACAGCCAUCUUGGACAUACAGAAGACGAUCACUCAACCAGCCGUGUGGAAGUCUACCUCUCCUUUGCGCAUCUCACCAUGCACUUUAGGGCUGAAGGCCUUGCGCUAUCUUGUGGCACCCGGCGAAGAUCUGGCCAGCCAUGCAAGCAUGCUACCUGCCUCGGUGACGGAAGCAUUGUUUUCGAUCGUGGAAAGCACAGUCGACGAGGUCAAGACAAGUGAGGACCCGGUCGAGGUAGAUACUACCGAUCUUGAGCUUGCGGUUUCGAUAUUGCAUGACCAUGCUGCCUAUCUCUCGACUGUGGCAGAAGACGACAGCCAAUGGGCGACUGCACACUUACCUGUAGUCGCUGACCUCUUCGGGGUGACUAUGGGGCGUCCGAACAAGACACUGGAGAAAUCUGUGCUCAAGCUGACCAUCAACAUGGUCAAUCACAACCUAGCCGCACCUGACAUCUUUGUUUCAAGAGGUCUUGUCCAGCCGCUGGCGGUCUCGCUUUGCGAGAAUUUUGGGAAGGCGCUCGAGCUUGUGAUAGGAGACCAGCCUACGGAGGGGCUGCUCGACAGUCUUGUUCUCGAACUUGGCAUUCUCAUAAACUUCUGCGAGCACAGCCCACUCGCUCGAAAGACAACGUUUGAAUGCGGCUUUGGGGAUCAGGCCCCCAUCGAUCAGAUCAUACGGCUCUUCCUGGAUAACCGCCGGAAGACUUCUGAGGCUGAUUCGGUGGAGAAAAGCCAUCUCAAUGUGGUUUUUGGGUAUUUGACCAUCCUGCUGGGCUACUUGGCAUUGUAUCAGCCUGUACGCGAGAAAUUCCGGCGGAGCCACCCAGGCAAGAACAUGGAACCUCUCUUGGAGUCGAUCCGCGAGUUCAUGUUCUAUCACAAGAAAAUGGAGAGCCUGGCUGGAGGAGAAGACGAGGAUGAGGCGCCCAAGAAUGCAGAGUGGCAGAGUCUGCAGAAGCUGGCUUACAGUAUCGAAGACGAAGCCAGGAUGGAUUGAAGGGGGCGGGCGGGCCGACGGCACCAGGACGGUGCAUGACUUUUCAGCGAUGAUAACCACGAUGACCACGAUGGCGGGCGAGCGCAUGGAGUAUGCCUCGCCGACGAUGACGGAGAGAGGGCGUGCAGCGCCUAUGUAGCAGCACAUAUGCAGACCUUGUUUGAAUAAAGAGCCGGGUGACGAGCAGUGUUGCAUAGCAUGACGACGAUGCAGGCGAUUUGUUCUAGAACACGAGGCGGGCAUGAGGAAACCGGGAAUGUGACCUGCGCGCCCGCUCGGCCCCACCUGGGCUGGGCAGGCGGCGGGGAGAACCCUGCUGUGACGACGGCCCGAAGCCGCAUCAAGAAGACUUGCGCCCGCCUGCAUC